GGCGAGGAGCAACGCAAGGCUGUUACCAAAUUCAUUGGUCCACUUCUACUCGGCCCAUCAGACUACUUAUAAGAUUACGGAUUGCAUUUUUGACAUGUUCCCUCGCCUGCCUAUUAACUAGUCCCCACAAUGCCCAGCGAAGCCAAAGCGCCAUUCAACAAUGCAAAUGCAGAUAUUAUCUUGUGCUCUUCAGACAAUGUCUACUUCCGCGUCUUCCGCUGCAUGCUCGCACUUGCCUCUCCAUUCUUCGAGGGGAUGUUCGACCUUCCUCAACAAAGAAGGAACCGCUCUAACGGCGAGAUGUUCGACGGCCUAGACGUAAUCCAGGUUUCGGAGAACAGCAGGACACUCGACAUGCUACUGAGAUUUUGUUAUCCGGCAGCGGUAAAAGAUCCCGGUUUGGAGGACAUGAAUGAUGUGGAGGAGGUCCUAGAGGCUGCAAUGAAAUACGGAAUGGAAGAUGUUGAAGAGAGGGUGAGGAAAGCCAUGGUUGCCCCUUCCCUCCUAGACAGCAACCCCGUACACAUCCUUGCGAUUGCGUGUCGGUUUGGUCUUAAACCAGAAGCCAGGACUGCGGCAAGAUAUUCGCUUCAUCACACAGCCCCAACACACGAUACCCUUUCUGCAGCACGCCUCCCUAAUAACGUCACUCAGGGUCUUGUCGCAUAUCGCUUAAAGUGCAGCCAAGCCGCCAGAACGCUUUGCGACAAUCUGGACUGGCUGGAACAAUCCCAGACCCACAGUUUCUACGAGUGGUGGACAAACUGCUGUCCAUGUAACUCGAAGGCAGACGUCAGGUACCUGACGCAUGGAACUUAUCCACGGGAGUGGUGGGCAGACUACAUGGAUGAGACAUCCAUUGCCUUGGAAGAGUCUCCUUCUGGUGCAGCAUUGACGAAAAAUUUGGCAAAAGCUGUUGGAAGGGCAAAUAGUUGUCCCUCAUGUCGACGGCGGGCGCAAGACCAGAUGGCUCAUUUCACCGAGACUUUUGCUCGGGAAUUGGACAGAGUUAUUGCCGAGAUCACGUUAGAUAUCGUUAUUUGAUGGAGGGUAGGCACGACUACCUGGGCUGUGCACUUGCACGUCAAAAAUAAGUGGGGACUGCUAGGUUUGGCUGUUUUGUUCUAUCCGGGCCGUCACAGUUGAACCAACUUAGGAUUACACUGUUAUCAAGGACUUACUAGUAGAGCCAACAUCUGCCGGUCGGAUAGGAGUAUAAGUACUUCUGGUGAGUUAACUUAUGAUAGAUAUUUAGACUGUAGAGAACUUUCCAUCUAAUGACAGAAGACAACCACUUGCUGUGUAUUGUUUGGUAUCGUGGAUCAUCGCACAACUUUUGCGCUUU